CAUGAGCCAGAAGUUGGAGUCGGACUUCUGUCGUCCACAAGAUCAUGCGGAAGACCAAGAUGAUAGGGAUGCUCUCGUUUCUUGGUUUCUUCGCGGCUUUGGGCACUGUCACUUCAGGAGAGCACUUGAGGAAGCCAGGGGCUCCUCGUCAAACGAAGUCCGAGGUUGUGUUUCUAAGAACUGAGAAAACAGACAGCCCCGAAAACAAUUCUCUAGAAUCUAUUUCUUAUCAUUUUCGGGGUUUUAACCGGAAUUUCACUUUGCGCUUGAGUCCCGCUGAGGGUCUCUUGUCAGCAACUUUUCAUGUGUUGACAGUGACAGAAGGAGAAUCGAAUUCUUCUUUGGAAUUCACUAAAGCUCCCUUCCUGAGGAAGUGCAUUUACAAUGGGUUUGUGGAAGAAGAAAAGAAUUCAGGAGUUACAAUGAGCAUAUGCAAUGGUUUGGUUGGAUUUAUUCAUACUUGUCAUGCUGAUUAUCAAAUAGAACCCCAUUAUUCCUUAAAGCAACGUGAUGCAUACUUUUUGCAUCAGAUCACAUCAAACCACCAGUCUUCUUGUCAUCAAUCUGAUUCUGAUGAAGAAGGCUUGCGAUCUGGAGAAGUUCGUCGUUCAAGACGUUCCAUUUCAAAGGAAUGGAAUCUCGAAAUAAUGGUCGUUGCUGACAGCAAAAUGAAACGCUAUCAUGGAGAAAAUUUAGAGAUGUACAUUUUGACAUUAAUGGCAUCCGUAUCACUCAUUUUCAAGGACCCAAGUAUUGGCAACAACAUUAAUAUAUCCAUUGUUAAACUCAUCAUCAUGUCUGAGGAUGAGGAUGCUGGUAUCAUUUUCCCCAGUGCUUCUAAAACUUUGAGAAACUUCUGCCGCUGGCAACAGGAACUGAACGAUCCCCAGGGAUAUCAUCACGAUACGGCCAUAUUACUAACAAGAGAAGACUUGUGUCGACAUUCAAGAACUUGUGACACUCUUGGUUUGGCUCAGUCUGGAAUGGCUUGCGAUAGAGAAAGUAGCUGCGCUGUCGUAGAAGAUAAUGGGUUGAGCGCAGCUUUCACCAUAGCUCAUGAAAUAGGUCACAUAUUAGGAAUCCCUCACGAUGAUGAUUCCAAGUGCAAUCGGUUCCACAAACAUGGCCAAAGAUUGCACGUCAUGGCCAGAAUGCUGGAUUACAACAGUUACCCAUGGACUUGGUCUGAGUGCAGUAGACAUUUCAUCACAACAUUUCUAGACGCUGGUUACGGGCACUGUCUUUUGAGUAAGUCGAAAAAAGAUUUGCUAAGCAGUUACGAACAUGCCGAUAAGUCCGCCGGAGAGCUUUAUGAUAUGGAUUACCAGUGCGAACUUGUUUUUGGAAAGGGCUCCAGAAUUUGUCCUUUUAUGCCUGUUUGCAAGCGAUUGUGGUGCACGAUGGAAGAUUUUACUUUAGGCGGCUGUAGAACUCAACACAUGCCAUGGGCUGAUGGUACAAGAUGCGGACCAGAUAAGUCUUGCUUGCGUGGUGAAUGUGUCCUCGACCCUGUAUAUGAUACUCCUGCGCAAGAUGGCGAAUGGGGAGAAUGGCAAAACUAUGGCCAAUGCUCCAGAACAUGCGGAGGGGGAGUUGCUCGAUCUAUACGAGAAUGUGACAACCCCAGACCAACAAAUGGUGGACGUUAUUGCGUCGGAGAACGAAUAAGAUACAAGUCAUGCCAAACUGAAGAUUGUCCAUUGGGCUCAAGAGAUUUCCGGGAAGAACAGUGCAGUUCUUUCAAUGGCAAAACUUUUGGAUUUCCCGGAGUUGAUGCAAAUGUCAAAUGGGUACCUCACUACACUGGAGUUGAACCCAAAGACAGAUGCAAGUUAUACUGCAGGGCUGCUGGAACAGCUGCUUAUUUUUUACUUAAAGAACGCGUGAUUGAUGGCACAACAUGCGGGCCAGAAACUUACGAUAUAUGUAUUAACGGCAAAUGUAUGGCAGCUGGCUGUGACCACAAACUCGACUCAAACGAAGUCACCGACGUAUGUGGAGUGUGCGGCGGAAAUGGAACCAGCUGUCGAGUGAUUCGUGGAAAAUCCAUUCAAAUGCAAUACGGUUAUAAUAAUGUCGUUGUCAUUCCUGCCGGUGCAAGCAAUAUAGAGGUUCUUCAGUAUGGACAUGAGAAUACAUUAGAUGAUAACUACUUAGCUUUAAUGGGAUCUGAUCAUCAGUAUCUUUUAAAUGGAAAUUAUAUGAUUUCGAUGUUCCCUAAAAGUAUUCAGUACGCUGGAUCCCUCAUUGACUACUCAGGGUCUCAUACAAUUUACGAAAAAAUCAACGCCACGAAACGUUUAGAGGAUGAUCUCUAUGUUCAGGUUUUGACUGUUGGAAGUCUUCAUCCACCGGAAGUGACGUAUCAAUACACUAUCUCUGUGCACGAAAAAGCUAUCUAUCGCUGGAGAUUAGAAGAAUCCUGGUCUCCAUGCAAUAGCAUUUGCCAAGGAGAACAGUACAGAAAAGCUGUUUGCGUGGAUCGGACAACUAGUAAGACAGUCAAUGAUGGAUUGUGUCACGAGCAUGAACGACCUGCCCAUGAAGCAAAAGUCUGCAAUCUGGAAUGCUUUUUAAGGUGGCGUGUAAAUGUCCUUAAACCUUGUUCAUCAACUUGUGGCAGAGGAAUCAUAGCAAAUGAAAUCCAGUGCAUUCAACAAAUGAAUACUGGAGAAGUGAAGAUUCUCCCUCAUCAGGCCUGCAUUCAUAUUGAACCUCGACCAUCUGAAAUGGAAGAAUGCUAUGGAGCUUGCAGGGCAAAAGACUGGAAAUAUGGUGUCUGGUCACAGUGUUCUGCAACUUGUGGAGGUGGACUACAGUAUCGAAAGGCACUCUGUAUUGGAGAUGGCACUGUUGAACUUCCUGACUCAGAAUGUAAGAAUGAGAGUAAAAUAACAGAGCAGACGUGUGCGACUGAGGCAUGUCCAUUUUGGAAACCAGAUGAUUGGACUGAUUGCUCUUCGAGUUGUGGAAGCGGACAUCGACGUCGAUUGGUUCUUUGUUUCUACAAAGGUAAUUCUGUACCUCGGAACUUUUGCAACGAAUCAGAAAUUCCGACGGUGAUUGAAACUUGCCCUCAACUUCCACCAUGUCCACAAUGGAAGGCAAGCGAAUGGGAACAGUGCUCGGUCACAUGUGGAAGUGGAAUACGUAAACGCCACGUCACUUGUACAGAAAAUAAUAUUCCUGUAUCUCCCGAAAAAUGUGAUGAACUAUCCAAGCCUCGGCAAGUAGAAUCUUGUAAAGUUCCUUUGUGUACUGUGAAAUCAAACAGUCAUCAAGAUUUUAUUGAAAAUAUGGUUCCUGCUCCACUGCCAGCAGAAGAAGAGACAGACCCUGUCCAUUCAUCGUCUACAGAAUGGAAAACUGGCAACUGGUCAUCGUGUUCCGCAACUUGUGGGGAUGGACUCAUGUAUCGUCAAGUUAUUUGUCAUCAACUAUCUACGCAAAGAGUAUUGCCUGACAGGAAAUGUAGCCGACAUCAAAAGCCUACUCGCACAAGGGCUUGCCGUCUUCCUGCAUGUGGACGCUGGACAACAGGGAAAUGGAGUGAGUGUUCGGUAACUUGUGGCUCAGGCAUCCAGACUAGACGUGUGAUGUGUCUUUCUUCUGAUGAGAGGACUCCAUCUGAUGAUCAUUGUGACUUGAACACUAAGCCUAAGAAGGAAAAGAACUGUCAUUUGAGUGUUUGUCCAAAACAGUCCCCUUCAGAAGAAAUCGGAGAUAAUAAUGUGGAAAAAGAAGUGACAAUAUAUUACUGGAGAACAGGUUUAUGGGGAAAGUGUUCCCAAUCUUGUGGUGGGGGGAUUCGACGAAGACAAGUAGCUUGCUAUGAUGAACUGGGGAAACACAGCCAAGGUUGCGAUAUGACACAGAAACCUCCAGAUACAUCACAGUGUAAUACAGAACCUUGCCCCUACUGGAUACUUGGUGAAUGGAGUCAGUGUUCUUCAACAUGUGGAAAAGGAGUACAAACUCGUUUGGUACAGUGCAUAGACUACAAAAAGGCACCACUAACAAAGGAUCGUUGUGUUCUACCAAUGCCAGAUAAUAUGAAACGUUGCAAAUCAACUUCUUGUGUUAACUGGGUUUGGACUUCCUGGACUCCGUGCUCCACAAGCUGUGGUGUUGGUACGCAGACACGCACAACACAGUGUCGUCGAGGUAGAAAGGUAGUAACUGAUAAAGAAUGUGAUCAUGUCCCGAAGCCAACAACUGAAAUUAAAAUGUGCAAAAGAAUGAAGUGUGCUGGUUUCUAUUGGAAGAAGCAAAAAUGGUCUAAGUGCUCAUCCACUUGUGGUAAAGGGUUUAAAACACGUGAAGUGACAUGCCAAACUGGAAGUAAAACUGUCGAUGAUAAGUUUUGCGGCCAUUUAAGAAAACCCAAAGAAAGAAGGAAGUGUCACCAAUACCAGUGUUCUUUAACAUGGAUGACAACCCCAUGGUCUGAGUGUUCGAAAACGUGUGGAAAAGGACUUCAAACUCGGAAUGCAACUUGUCAUCGAGUCAAUGCGUACAAAUGGAUCAACCCUGACCCCAUUCCAAGACCAAACAGCAGUGAACUUUGGUGUAAAACAGAUGAUAAACCAUCAAUAGCCAGAGGAUGCAAUUUAGGAAAUUGUACCGAUAACAUAUGGGUUGUAGGAGAAUGGUCCCCUUGCAAUGUGAAAUGUGGAACUGGUCGUCAAAGACGAAGAGUUUAUUGCCAUACACCGGAAGGGAAACGUGUUUCCAGUGCACGAUGUGAUGAACGUUUAAGGCCUCAGAGAAGACGUCGUUGCCAUGAGCGUCCAUGUUCCCCCAUUAGUUGCCAAGAUAUUCAGAAGAGAUCAAACAUCACCUAUGAUGGGGAACAAGAAAUAUUUGUGAGAGGAAGAUAUCUGAAAAUCUAUUGCGCAAAAAUGAAUUCAAGUCAUCCUCAAGAAUAUGUAACUCUAAUUAGAGGAGAUCAAGAUAAUUAUUCUGAAGUAUACAGUAAAAGGCUGACAAACCCAGAUACUUGUCCAUACAGCGGGUCGCGAUAUGAUGCUUGUAGCUGUGUGACUGAUGAAAGUAUUGGUCCUGGAUUAACCACAUUUCAAAGAAUAUCAAUCAACAUUACUUCUCUAGUAGUUAAUACUCAAGAUUGGACAUUUGCUCAGACACAUGGUCUUCAGCCCAUUCCUUUUGGUGAAUCUGGAGAUUGCUACAGCAAAAAUUCUUGCCCUCAAGGUCGAUUUUCUCUCAGUUUACUUGGGACUGGUUUUAUCGUGUCACCUCUUACGAAAUGGGUAGCUAAUGGAAAUAAUCCUUCCAGCAGGAUUCGAUGGCUUGAGAGAGGUCAAGUCAUUCAAGGAAAAUGUGGAGGUUUUUGUGGUAGAUGCGCUCCUGAUAGUCUCUUAGGGCUGAUGUUGGAAGUUGCUCCCCCCUGAUUUUAAGCUGACUCCCUGUUCUUCAUGCCGGCCACGUAAACAUAAGAUGUUGCCAAAGAGUUGUACUCUACUCCUGUGUUAUGUUACUUUCUGCAGCAGAUAAUUGCACCGGAAUAGAAAAACAACCCGAAGGCUACUGCAGGCAGCAGCCUACUUCAGCCCACCAAACAUUCUCAAUUCUUUCAGUCAAGGACUGUGAUUAAACGAGUCAAUUCUAAUUGAAUUGGACUCGUCCAUGACUGAAAGUAGAAUGACAGGAAUUGAGAAGUAAAGUGGAAUUCAAUUAUGUCUAAGGAUGUGGACCAAUGAACAAAUGUCUCACAGGCAUUAUUUUUCAGUGCAAACAUUUUUGUGGGUACUAUUGACAACUGCCAAAAUGAAUGCUAUAAGAAGUGGUGAAAAUACAAAAUUCAUUUUUGUUACUAAUUAUAAAAUUAACAUUGAUUUGAUUUUAAAAAUGUGCUUUUACUGCUCACCAUAAUUGAUGAAUUAAUAAGUUUCUUUCCUUCAUAAAAUGUAUACCAUCUUGUAUCGUUAUUUUAGUAGAACUUAGGAUGUCUAGUGCUUUUUAAAUGCGUAUUAUUUUGGAAGAAAUAAUCCGCAAUGGUCUCAUAAAAUGUGUUUUGACGGUGAGUUAUAAUGAACUGAGUCCCCACUUCAUUAUCUCUCGUCAUAAUUCACUGUGCUUUUAUUUCCACUCAAAAAAUUUGAUUUUUAACUUUAAAAAAUAUGUGAGAAUAAAUGCAUUUGUAAUUCUAAUGUAAUGUUGUUUACUAAAAUUAUUUUCUUUGAAUAUUUCGUUGCUUGGUUUAUCUUCCUAUGUUCAAAAAUCUUAAAGGAUUCUAAAUUUAAUAUUAUUCGCUCUAAACUCAAUACAUUGUCGUUCUAAAUAGUACAUUGUCAUCCCAUUUCAUACAUUUUUUUAUGAAACUGGAUUGUCAAAUGACAGAAUGUCUUUUAUAAAUUUAUUUGUUCUUAGGUUUAUGUAUUUUAUUAGCAUAAAUAUGAUUAUGAGCAAAUAUUUCAAAAACUUAUUCCUAAAAUGGCCAGUCACUAGGAAAUGAGCGAUUUCAUUAUCCAUAAUUGCAUGAAUUGCUUCAUCUUCUGUACUAUAUAUACAGAUAAUGAAGAUUAAACAAACUGACGUGUUUCUAUACAUAAAUUGAAAGUUUCUAAAUAUUGUAUCUGUACUUACAAUGAUACUAAAUGACACUUUAUUUUGAACUAAAGCGUUUCUUUUUUUAUUGAACUUGAAAUUGCCCUUUAUUAACAAGUUUACACCAGCAUGAAGAGGAGGGGGGAGAGACAAUUUUUUGCAGAAAGAAAAACUGUUAGAAACAAAUAUUUUCCCUCUUUCAAAUGUGUUAUUUCUAAUAUAUUCAAACAAAAUGAGUAAAAUGAAGUUGUGUUCAUUUUCAGAAUUAGUUUUUAUCGACCAUGUAUGUUGCCUGCAUAAUCAUUGUCGCUUAAAAAAUAAAACAGAAACAGUUCUGUGUCUAUAAAAUAAUGAAUAAUGAAUAGAGAUUCGAGCUUCGCACAGUAUGUUUUGAAUAUAUAUAUAUAUAUAUAUUCCAUAUGGGAAAAUAAAAUAUGCUCAAAACUAACUCAUAUUAGUAAAUAAGAUGAAAGUUGCCUUCUAACCAAAACAUAGCAUCAGAAAUGGCAAAACUUGUUUGAUACAUUUUUUGAAGAGCUCAUAUUGGAGCUUUCAGUAUCAUUUAUCAUUUUUUUCCUUGCAUGCUUCAUACGUUUUGAAUACAAGUCUGAUUAAUUAAAUGCUAACUGCAUUUGUACAUCCAGUCUCCAAGUUUACAUUUACUAAUCUAUAGCAGGAAUUUUUGUCAUGUAAAUCAUGUCUUUAUUAGCACAAGAUAAUCUGUACAUUUGCUAGGAUAUCUUAACGAUAUUGCGGAAUAUUCCGAAUAUCGAAUAGAUAUUGUCCAAUAUUUUGUGCUAAUGGAGAUGAAAGUUCAUUCCAUAAUAAAUGUAACAGUGCAAGAUAGGGAAUUUUAAUAGCAUAUUACUUUUGUUCCAAAAUUAUCUUAAUAAUAUAUAAUUUGCUUUUAUCAUUCACAACUCAUGAAAGUAAGUUAAAUCUCCUCUGUUUCUGUGGUCUUGCAUUACAAUUUUUUUCCUUGAUCACUGAAUAUCAAAACUUUUUCACUGUACUUUGUUGUAGGGAGAACUAAAUUGUACGUUGAGAGAAUAAAACAUUAAUGAAAAAGGCAAUUUUAUAAACUGAUCAAAAUAUUUCUAUUGAUCCUAAGAUUUUUUUAAAUGAUUCGUUAAUCAGUGUCAAAUAUUUUAAUGACUAUUUGUAUCUUGCUAUUCGUCCAUUUAUAAAUAUUGUGGAUAUCCAUUUAUAACUGCAAUGCAUGAUGUUUACAGAAAAGAAUCAACGAUCCUAAAGAAUUUAAGUGAAGAAACUGAAAUAUAUCUCUCUGAAAAUGAAUAGAUUCCUGAACCUUGUCCCUGAUGUGAUUAAUCUUGUGUGGGCUGUAGCAAAAUUGGAAUUAAAAACCUCUUUGUUCUGUACUUACUUUCUUAAAGCUUUAAUAUGUGUUUUUCAUGGAGCAGACCAUGACUGUUAAUAUACACAUUGAUAUCGAUACAAAAUUUUAAAGCAUGUUUUAUCCCUACAAAGAGACUAUGAAAGUUAUUAUAAUUUUACUCUAACUUUUUUGAAAUAAUUUAAUACUUUGAAAUAAUUUAAUUCUUCUUUCUUAAUUCUUUUGAUUGCUGAUAUUUUGUUUACACAGCUAGCUGUGCAAAUGCCAUUUGAUUCCUAGUUAUUGAAUUUGUUAUAUUUAUAAUAAUUAAUUUGUUGUCAGUGUUUUAAAUGCAGUGUAUCAUUUAUUUCUUAUAUAAAUAUUUCUUUCGUAAUCAUUGAUACAAAUUUGCAAAUUUUUACAUGCUAUUAAAAAGAGAAUUGUAUAUUUUAAUAAUAUGCAAACAAAAAUUAAAAACUAUCCGAGAUACUUUCUAAUUCCUGCCACAACAGUUCUAAUAUGUAUAUCUUAAAUAUCGUUCUAACUAAAAUUUCUAAUAUUGCUCAUGAUUUGAUGGAAAUAAAUUAUUUUGACAAAUCUAUUCAAAUGACUGCCUUUACCAUUUGUAUCGAAUUGGUAACAUUUUUUUUUCCUACUUGCUCUUUUGGCAGUAGGAACUUAUUUUUUAUUUAUUGUAUCAUUUCUUAACAAUUUGUAUUAUAUUAUUUAUGUGAUUUUUGAUAAAAGCUGUACUAUUUUAUUCAAGGAUGCAUUUAGAGGCUUUAAUUUUAUUUUACUAAAUAUUUUUUCUUUCUUUUUUUUUCCUCCUUUUUACAUUUUAGUUUUUCAUUGCAAUGUUUGAGUUGAUAAAAUAAUGACAAUAUAGUGACAACAUCUUAUUACGAAAGGCCUGCCCAUUCCUUUCAUUGACAUUUGACUAGAAGCACUUAAUUUAUUUUGAAAGUGGUGACUGGUAUAGAAGCAUGAACAAGUGACGAGCUUUAAAAACUGCCUUUUCUUUAUAUAAUACUUUAAGAAUUUUUUCUAAUAUAUCUUUUUUGUUGUUAUUUUUAAUUAUGUAUGUGUUAAUUUGAGGUAUUUUAAAUGGUCAAACGAGUCUUGGUUGUGACUGGAGUAGAAUAUCCAAUUAUAGUAUGUAAUUGCAAUACUGUUUGACUUGCCAAUGAAGAGCAUGCUUGUGCUUUUUAUGCCAAAUUUUUCAAAAUAUGUUUUGUCAUCGUCACUGUCGCCAAACUGCUGUGUGUUCUUUGUACAAGCAUUACAUUUGAGGUACAUUUGGAUCUUUAAAAUAUAUCUUCUUAUAAUCUUAUGACUUCUCUUUUGACCACUUACAUAUUGUUAAGGUAUACUUCAGAUGAUAGUUUCGAAUUGAAUUUAAAAAAUUGACUGCUCGAUAUAAAUGCUAUCAAAAAAUUAUUAAUUUGUUUGUUUUAAGUAAAUCUUAAAUAUAAUUAAAACAAUGGAUUUCCACUAUUUAAUACGUCUGCAUAUAGAAUAAAAAGUUGGUGGUCUUGCUGUUGCUCAUGUAUUCUUAUUCCUAAACUGAUAAUGAAUUUCUAGAUUUCUAGGAAUUUAUGUCCUUUUUUCCGAACUAUGUAGUUUAUUAUUUUUUUUGUCUAUAAAUGUAUAUCUGUUCUUUUGUUUAAAACUAACUUUGUUCAAUUUUGUAUUAUUGUUGAUGAAUGUCGUUGUAUUUAUUGUAAA